GGUCGUAAUUUGUAGCUGAGACUUUCCUCUAUGCUAGACUAUGUCCAACUAAAAAUUGAAGAUGUAUUCAGAGAAUGGAAGGAAGUACCCUUUAUUAGGCUUUUAGUUUACUUGAUCGUAUAAUUAUUUCGUUAGUACAAGACUAAAUGACUUAAAAUUUACGAUUCUACUCAAUAGAACGGUUUAUCAUGCCAAUAUCCGUCUUUCGAUUGUGCAACACAAUGUGUAUAUUUUCUAACUUAAGGUUUGUCGUGUUGCAUACGAAAUCAUGCAACAACGUUUUCCAGAUGCUUCGUGGCGCGUCCAGUCUUUAGACGAUAGUUACUAUUUUGGUGGUGAAAAUGAAAAAAGGCAGCUUGCUAUUAUUCCUCAUCGUCGAAUAUUUUCUGAUGAAUUUGAUUUCGACAAGGGUGAUCAUUUGACAAUAAAAGGUAACCAUUGGGACGGUUGGUCAAAAGGAUCAAAUACAAUAAAUGGACGAAGUGGUCUGUAUCCAUCUUAUAAAGCCGAAGAAAUUAUUCAGACAGCCCUUAUGUAUACUUAUCCAGAUGUGACUGAAGAAUAG